AUGUCAGACGGGGUAGACAACGUUGAUUCGGAUCCAGAAAGUCCGCGAAAUAUAGGCAAAUGGGUUCGGAACGGAUGUACUGCUUUCGGGCUGGUCGAAUGGACAACAGCGGCGCCAGCGGCCUUGAACAAAUAUCUAGCAACCGUCACAGAAAGGAUAUCCACCGAAGCAAACCGACCAGAAGAGGCUCAUACCUUAAAGAUUGAGGCCCUAUUUUACGAUGAAACACGGACCGCCCUGAUCUAUCAGUGCUCUCAGAAGCCUACGGACCUCCGUGAAGUCCUCUUACACGUCCCAAAGCCCUCUGUGGACGACAGGCGUGCUCUGGGUAGAAUUAUCGCGACACAGGUCCGAUCCCUCUAUUUCCACUUUCAGAUUCACCACACAGCCUUGCGGACCGAAAGUUUCGUCUUCUUUGGGGACCCCAACAAGCUAGAUCUUACCAAACCAUAUGUCCUCGAUUGGGCGCGACAAGCGGCCCCAGACAUGUACCAACACCCUGCAUACCAAGCAGACGAACCUCUCUGGCCCUACCAAGUCUGGUCUUUGAUGAUGGUGUUGUCUGAGAUUGCCGAGUGGCGGCCGCUCGACGGAGCAUUCCAGGAUGAAGCUGGGUUGCGGAGCAGAAAGCUAGCUAGGAAGCAGCUGGUGACAAGUCCGGAUUGGAAGGGUGCCACGACCGCCGAGAUUUUCAAGUACGGCUUCGGACUUCUCGAGAAGGAUCGAAAAACGCUCCAGCAGUACAGCAGGUGGGACGUCAAAUGCUUCUACGAUAAACUGUGCGAGCUUUUAGCGCUGCCAUAA